UCUACUUGUUGCGUGUGUGAAAUGUGGUACUGUAGGUAAUCUGGAAAAGAUGGCAAACCAUUUCUGUCCAGCUAAACCCCCCAAGUAUCUUGAAUGUCACUGCCCAUCAUGCCCACCAAAGCUCGCUGACCCAGUAGAGUCACAGGCCAGUAUUGCGGCAAAGCUUCUCAAAGAUAUGGCAACACAUCACGAGAAAGGCUCGACAAUUCCACCAGACAUAGAGGCAGCAGCCGAUGCAUGGACCUGGCUGAAGCUUUGCAUUAAGGACCGGAUUGGGCAAAUUAAAACACCUGGACGGCCAGCAUAUGUUCAGAUGAAGCGCCCCCCUCCCAAGGAUUCUACCCUUACCCGACCACCAACUGAGACCAGCCCUAGCAGUCUUGACACUGACCACACUCUCGCAAUGAUGCGAGACUGCCACCUGACAUGGGAUCAGAUACGAAAGCUCAGGCAAUAUUUGACCAAUGCUGGUAUACCAUCAGAAAGGGCUAUGCGAAAUCGACAAGCUACACUUAUUGGAGACAAUCUGGAAUGGUAGCCUCACAUGGCAUGGCGGAAUCAUACCAGCAAACGAGAUCUGGCUGAAAUUCGGUGGAGAUAAGGGAGGGA